AUAAUUCGUGUCUCAUCCGUGUUUUUUUAUAAUGAUCCGAUACUUUUUAAGUAUGUUUUCUUUCCUUUUAUGCAAUGAGGCUACUUCUUAUAUAGUUUUUUAAUUUUAGUUUUGGAAUAUACCAAAAUUAGAUAGGAAUCAUAAAGUAGAGAAUUUUAUCCGACCCCCACGAAUGGAAGUGGGGCCACCAUCACCCUACAUUAUCAAUACUUGUAAGCAUUACGACGCAUAUGUGGCAUCGGUGAUGCAAAUUCAUGCUCUAUUUCUGGUAUUCACCAAGAUUUUCAUUUUCAAUCGCUCAACUUAUUUUGCGAGUUUCCAAAGCUUCUCAUUUUUUUUCUAAUUAUUUAGAAAAUUGUUAAAGAAACUUGUCCUUCACAUGUUCUCUACGUGAGAAUGCACAUUUCUGCGAUCGAAUAUAUAUGCAUAAUCUCCCACAAACAAGAAUCUACACAGCUUCAGAUUUAUGAUUAGUUUGGAUCCGUAGUUAAGGUGCAAGGAUGUUGAGGCAAUCACCUCGCAGAAAUCAGAGGAGCAGAGGGAUGAAGGUGAAGCAUGUGUUGCAAGUGUCUUUGCUCCUCGGGGUUUGCAUCUGGUUGGUGCUUUACCAGAUGCCUCACCCCAACAAUGGCGAAUCGUUUUCUCAGCAUGGAAUCAAACUCUCACAGAAGCUGCGCAGUGCCAGCGAUAUCAAGUUGGGGAGGAAGGAUCUAAAGCCGAGGACGACAACACUAGUGGAAAUCGAGGAUGGGAAGCAGAAAGAGGGCCAAAACGCCAAGACAGAUGGUGAUGACAUGGAAACUGAGAAAAAAGAUGUGGAGGAGAAGAAAGAUGGAGGUGACAAGGAAACAGAGAAAAAAGAUGGGGAGGAGAAGGAGAAGCAGAAGCAGAAGCAAGAUGGUGGUGACAAGAAAACAGAUGGGGAGGAGAAGAAGCAGAAGCAAGAUGGAGGUGACAAGAAAGCAGAGAAAAAAGAUGGGGAGAAGAAGAAGCAAGAUGGUGUCGACAAGGAAACAGAGAAGAAAGAUGGUGAUGACAAGGAAAAGGAGAAGAAGAAGCAGAAGCAAGAUGGUGAUGACAAGGAAUCGGAUAAAAAAGAUGGUGAUGGCAAGGAAAAAGAUAAGAAGAAGCAGAAGCAAGAUGGUGAUGACAAGGAAACAGAUAAAAAAGAUGGCGAUGGCAAGGAAAAAGAGAAGAAGAAGCAGAAGCAAGAUGGUGAUGACAAGGAAACAGAUAAAAAAGAUGGCGAUGACAAGAAAAAAGAAAAGAAGAAGCAGAAGCAAGAUGGUGACGAUAAGGAAACAGAGAAAAAAGAUGAGGCUGAGAAGAAGAAGCAAGAUGGUGCUGACAAGGAAGCGAAGAAAAAGAAGCAGAAGCAAGGUGGUGAUGACAAGGAAGGUGGAGAUAAGGAAACGGAGGGCAAGGAUGACGAUGCUGAAGAAAGCAAGGGCAAAGAUGUCAAGAGCGGAAAGAGCAAAGAAACCGAGGAAGAAGAAAAUGAAGACGACAUGAGUUCAAAGAAGGGCCCUGGUAAGCUAAGGAAAAAGGGAACCACUGAAGAUUACUAUUCCUCACCAAGAACAGCUGGAGCUCAGCCUCCAUCCUCAAAACUUGGAAAAUACUUCCCAUGAGACAUCUCAUAAUUAAUGAGAUUGUCAAGUAGACUUCUUUUUCCCAUCUUGUAGAUGCUAAUAUUUUAUAAUUUUUUGUGUGUGCAUUUUAGUUAGGAGAGUGGAUUUGUAAAAUCCUAGUAGAUAUUGCCUACUAAUGGUGUAUUGUAAUUGUAUUGGAUGCUGAUUCACAAAAUAAUAAAAGCUCCAAGUUAUUAGUA